AUGGAUAGAGUGAGCUGGAAGUCGUCUCACAUACAGCAGAAAAUUGCCGAGAAAAGGGCAGAGUUGGAGCAUUUGAAUGAAAUCAAAAGGAAUAGCGGAAUACUCACAGGUCAGUUGGAAACGCUUCUGAGUAAAUUAAAUGAUAUUGCAGACGGAACAGAAGCUGUUGCGCUAGUUCUUUCAAACUGGCAAAAUGUAGUCAGCGCGGUGUCAUUAGCAUCACUAGGAUUGUACAAAUAUGGUCAGAAGGACUAUGAGACCGGUACUCCCUUACCUGAGUACCUUGUAAGAAUAAAACUAGAGAAAGACGACGCGCCCGAGAUUCAGGAAUCCGAGGAAGAGGAAGAUGUGGGUGAAGACGCUGAAGAAAACAUAGAAAUACAAAGUGAUAAAGAAUGA